CGGAGGGCUCGGCGCGCCGCGGGACCUCGCCGGGCCAUGGCAUCUCCUGUCAAAGGGAGAAGGAAACAGUCAGAGGGGGGUGACUCCCUAGACCCACCUGUGUCCCCUCAACCUGACGGUGAGCAAAGCAGGAGCCAGAGCCCACUCCCGCUGGAGGACUCCCCCGAGGCAGGCGGGGAGCGGGAGGAGGAGCAGGAGCGGGAGGAGGAGCAGGCCUUCCUGGUCAGCCUCUACAAGUUCAUGAAGGAGCGACACACGCCUAUCGAGAGGGUGCCCCAUCUUGGCUUCAAGCAGAUUAACCUGUGGAAGAUCUACAAGGCGGUGGAGAAGCUGGGGGCCUAUGAGAUGGUAAGGAAGGCACCUGAGUCCUCACCACGCUGCGUCUGCCCGCACAUCCCAGCUUGCACCCAGGGGGAGCUGGGGAAGAGGGUGACCGGCCGCCGCCUCUGGAAGAACGUGUACGAUGAGCUGGGGGGCAGCCCAGGCAGCACCAGCGCGGCCACCUGCACGCGCCGCCACUACGAGAGGCUGGUCCUCCCAUACGUGCGGCACCUGAAGGGGGAGGAUGACAAGCCGCUGCCCCCUUCCAAGCCCAGGAAGCAGUACAAGAUGGCCAAGGAGGCUCCGGGGGACGUCGGGACCACUGAGAGGUCAAAGAAGGCCAAGGAGGAGAAGCCAGUGGGCCAGGUGAUGCCAGGAAAGACCAAGGAAGACACUGCUGGCCUGGCGAGGCCCCCCAGCCAGGAGCCCCACCAGGACAGCACGGAACAGCCGGGCCCAGCUCCCGGGUCCUCGCUGCCCUUCGUGGGUGCCAGUGGCUGCCCUGAGGCCUACAAGCGGCUCCUGUCCAGCUUUUACUGCAAAGGGACACAUGGCAUCAUGUCACCACUGGCCAAAAAGAAGCUGCUGGCCCAGGUGAGCCAGGCAGAAGCCUUGCAGUGCCAGGAGGAGAGCUGUCGCCACGGGGCUGGCAGCCCUGACGGGGAGCCUCCAGCAUCCCCAGCUGCUCGCCCCACCGAGAGUCCCCGGAGCCCAGGAGGGUCACUGGAGAACCACCGGCUCCGGCUGGCCCCUCGGGAAGGAUCAGGGGCCCCUGCUGGAAGCCUCAGGGAGGAGGCUCAGGCGGGCCUCCACCCCCCGGCCCCCGUCUUCACCGGCUGCUUCCAUGCCUACCCCACUAAGGUGCUAAAGCCCAUCAGCCAGCACCCCCGGGACUUCUUUCCCCAUCUCAAAGAGGGGGUGCUCUUGGGGUCCCCUGGCAGAGAGGAGGGGCUGCCAGUCAAAGAGUCGCCACUGGUGUGGGGCGGGGAUGUCAACCGUCCCUCUGCCUUCCACAAAGGUGGUUCCAGAAAAGGCAGCCUCUACCCCAAGCCCAAAGCCUGCUGGGUGUCCCCCAUGGCCAAGGUCCCUGCUGAGAGCCCCGCGCCCCUGCCCCCUUGUCCUGGCAGCCCAGGCCUCAGCAAGCGCAGCCGGGAGGGAGAGGGCUUCACCCCCGCUGGCAAGAGACUGCAGGCGGUGUCCCCCCGCCUCAAGGAGGUGGAGGCCACAGAGCGUGCAGCCAAGUCUGUGGGGCCCGGCGUGGCUGUCUCCUGCCUGCUGGGCCCGGCCCUGGGUCCUGCCCUCCCGGAGGCCUACAGGGGCGCCAUGCUGCGCUGCCCACUGAACUUCACUGGCACCCCGGACCCCUUAAAGGGCCAGGCUACGCUCCCCUUCAGCCCCCUGGUCAUCCCGGCCUUCCCGGCUCACUUCCUGGCUACGACAGCCCCCUCGCCCAUGGCCGCUGGCCUUAUGCACUUCCCCCCAGCACCCCUCGACAGUGCCCUCCGCCACAGACUUCGCCCAGCCUCAUCUGCAUGGCACGUGCCGCCUGCCACAGCCUACGCAGCACCCCACUUCUUCCACCUCAAUACCAAGCUGUAGGUCCGAGCCCACAGCUGUGUGUGCUAUGGAGGGUCUGACGCAGCCCGAGGUGGGGACACUGCCAGUGGGGUCCUGGCUGAAGCCCGUUCCACAGGCCACAGGAGAGCUCGGCUGUGCCCAGUGCAGGAAUGGGCCCUUGGGGCAGCCUGGCACAGAGCCGGGCGGUGGGAACACGGUUUGUCUCCGGGGAGCAGCCUGAGCCUGGGGGCUGGGGGUCCAGUUGUAGGACGGCCUUGGGAGAGGCCGGUGCAGAGCUGGCAGCUCCCAGUGGGGCCACCAGAGCGGAGGCCAAGAACAGGGUGAGGAGCCGAGAAGCCACAUAGCUCGAGGCAUCCAGGUGUCCAUGGAAAAUCCAAUAAAACGCCAUUGUGAAUCCA